AUGUCUAAAUCACAAUCUUACACAGAGAGGGCUUCCACCCACCCUUCACCUGUGGCCCAGCGUCUUUUCAAGUUGAUGGACGCGAAGAAGACCAACUUGUGCGCUUCUGUAGAUGUUAAGACCACCAAAGAGUUUCUCGAUUUAAUUGAGCAAUUAGGUCCCUACAUUUGUCUUGUCAAGACCCACAUUGACAUCAUAGAUGACUUCUCAUACGAAGGUACUAUCCUUCCAUUGCUUGAGCUUUCGAAAAAACACAACUUUUUAAUCUUUGAAGACAGAAAGUUUGCAGAUAUUGGUAAUACUGUCAAGUCACAAUAUUCUGGUGGGGUCUACAAGAUCGCUAAGUGGUCCGAUAUCACCAACGCCCAUGGAGUUACUGGUGCUGGUAUUGUGCAAGGUUUAAAAGAAGCUGCUAAAGAAACCACUGAUGAACCUAGAGGUUUGUUAAUGUUGGCAGAGUUGUCCUCCAAGGGCUCCAUUGCCUAUGGUGAAUACACCGACAAGACUGUAGACAUUGCCAAGACCGAUAAGGAAUUUGUCAUCGGGUUUAUUGCGCAAAGAGAUAUGGGAGGCCGCGAAGAAGGCUUUGACUGGAUAGUCAUGACCCCAGGUGUAGGUUUGGACGACAAGGGAGACGGAUUGGGCCAACAGUACAGAACCGUAGACGAGGUUGUCUCCACCGGAACCGACAUCAUUAUCGUUGGAAGAGGAUUGUUUGGUAAGGGAAGAGACCCAACUGUGGAAGGUGCAAGAUAUAGAGAUGCUGGUUGGAAGGCAUACGAAAAGAGAAUAGCUUAG